AUGAGUGUUGCUUCUCUCAUUUCUUUCUCAUCGUUACCCUCUCUCGCUUCUCCUUUCAAGGGAAAUGUGAAAACCUUAGUGGCAAAACCAUGUUUAUGUCCGUGUCUCAAGAGUCAGAGAACAAAACUCCGUGUUUCUGUAGUUAACAAGGCCGGUUCUACUUAUGCGAAACCAGUGGGUGAGAAUGUUAGGUUUAGGUUGGAUAAUUUGGGGCCUCAACCGGGUUCGAGAAAGAGAGCAAAGAGAAAGGGAAGAGGUAUAGCGGCUGGGCAAGGAGCGAGUUGUGGGUUUGGAAUGAGGGGGCAGAAAUCUCGAUCUGGACCGGGGAUAAUGAGGGGGUUUGAAGGUGGUCAAAUGCCGCUUUAUAGAAGAAUCCCCAAACUUAGAGGAAUUGCUGGAGGUAUGCGUGCGGGAUUACCAAAAUAUGUCAAUGUAAAUCUUACGGACAUUGAAAACGCUGGAUUUCAAGAUGGGGAAGAGGUGUCUUUGGAGACAUUGAAGGAGAAACGUGUGAUCAACCCUUCAGGAAGAGAAGGGAAACUUCCUUUGAAGAUUUUGGCUGAUGGAGAACUAAGCAAGAAGUUAACAAUAAAAGCUGGCGCCUUUUCCACAUCUGCAAAGGAGAAACUCGAGUCUGCUGGCUGUUCCCUCGUUGUGCUUCCUGGCCGAAAGAAAUGGGUUAAGCCAUCCGUUGCCAAAAACCUUGCACGUGCAGAAGAAUACUUUGCCAAAAAGCGUGGUGAAACUGCUUCAGAACCAGCCCCUGUUUGA